UUUAAUACUCUUCUUACUUUAAAACUCCAUCAUCAUCCUGAACAAAGUUAAUUGCAAUUUACUACCAAUUUCAUGGAGACCUCUUUCUUACUUCCUUUUUCACUCAUGCUUUUAAUAACUACUUUAAACAUCUUCUUCACCCUCACCUUAUCUGCAACACUAACCGAUUCCACCACCGAUCAAGAUGCUCUACUUGAGUUCAAAAAUGCCAUCACUGUCGACACAAAUGGUGUGUUGAGCAACAGCUGGCUCACCAACUCUUCCAUUUGUGAAUGGGCCGGUGUCACCUGUGGCGUCAAACACCACAGGGUCACGGCCCUCAACCUCUCCAACUUCGCCCUCCACGGAAAGCUCACUCCACAUCUCGGAAAUCUAACCUUUCUCCAGACCUUGGACGUCAGCUCCAACAACUUCACAGGCGUCUUACCUACUGAGCUGUCUAAACUACAUCGUCUGAAGCAUGUAAACGCGACAUCUAACAACUUCACUGGAGAAGUACCGAGAGGUAUCCUUACAAACAUGUCUUCAUUGGAAGACAUUGAUCUAAGGUAUAACAAGCUAUCAGGCGAGCUCCCAAGUGAUAUAUGCAAUAAUACUCCAAAACUGAAGAGAUUAUUUCUCAGUAUCAAUCAAAUAUAUGGAAAAAUUCCAAGGAAUAUAUAUAAGUGCAGCAAGAUGGAGGAGUUGAAGCUGUCGAGGAAUAUGUUCAAUGGAAACAUACCAACUCAAGUCGGGAAUCUUAGUAUGCUUACGUAUUUAUCUAUAUCUUAUAACGAUCUCCAAGGUGACAUACCAAGACAAAUCGGGAACCUCUCAUCACUAUUAGGGUUGGAUCUUGCUUCUAAUAAGUUGGCAGGAAAUAUUCCGUAUUCUCUCUUCGACCUUUCCUCAUUGGAAUUCAUGCACCUCUCCCGCAAUAAUCUAUCUGGAAGCAUACCCACAAAUUUGGACAAUUUACGAAACCUCCAAACACUGGAUCUUACCAUGGAUAACUUAACAGGACACAUACCAAGACAAAUCGGGAACCUCACUUCACUACUAAAGCUGGAACUUAGUGGAAAUCGGUUGGCUGGUGUCAUACCGAAGGAGAUUGGACAUCUUACAUCAUUAACUCGUCUGUCCCUAGACUUUAAUAGAUUGACAGGUGUCAUUCCGAAGGAGAUUGGACAUCUUACAUCAUUAACUCAAUUGUCCCUAAACUUUAAUAGAUUGACAGGUGUCAUACCGAAGGAGAUUGGACAUCUUACAUCAUUAACUCGUCUGUCCCUAGACUUUAAUAGAUUGACAGGAAAUAUUCCUUCUUCUAUCUUCAACGUUUCCUCGUUGGAAUCCAUAUACCUCAAUGGCAAUUCUAUAUCUGGAAGUAUACCCACAAAUUUGGACAAUUUACUCAACCUCCAAGAAUUGUCACUCGGCGGCAACAACUUAACUGGAAAUAUUCCGUCUUCUAUGUUCAAUGUUUCACGGCUGGAAUUCAUAUUUCUCCGUGGGAAUAAACUGUAUGGAAGAAUACCAACAAACAUGGAAAAGUUACUCAACCUCCAAGGGUUAUAUCUUAGCGGGAACAACUUAACAGGUGACAUACCAAGACAAAUCGGGAACCUUUCAUCACUAUUAGGGUUGGAUCUUGCUUCUAAUAAGUUGGCAGGAAAUAUUCCGUAUUCUCUCUUCGACCUUUCCUCAUUGGAAUUCAUGCACCUCUCCCGCAAUAAUCUAUCUGGAAGCAUACCCACAAAUUUGGACAAUUUACGAAACCUCCAAACACUGGAUCUUACCAUGGAUAACUUAACAGGACACAUACCAAGACAAAUCGGGAACCUCACUUCACUACUAAAGCUGGAACUUAGUGGAAAUCGGUUGGCUGGUGUCAUACCGAAGGAGAUUGGACAUCUUACAUCAUUAACUCGUCUGUCCCUAGACUUUAAUAGAUUGACAGGAAAUAUUCCUUCUUCUAUCUUCAACGUUUCCUCGUUGGAAUCCAUAUACCUCGAUAGAAAUUCUAUAUCUGGAAGUAUACCCACAAAUUUGGACAAUUUACUCAACCUCCAAGAAUUGUCACUCGGCGGCAACAACUUAACUGGUUCCAUACCCAACCAAGUUGGUAAUAUCACUAAGCUAGGAACACUGAAUUUGGCAAACAAUAAGUUGAAAGGCGAAAUUCCAACCUCUAUCACCAAUGCUUCUCAUCUUAUGGAUAUAUACUUGGGCAGCAAUUCAUUCUCUGGCCUUAUCCCCGACUUCGGUAACCUAAGAUAUCUGCUAUUCCUUGGUCUAAGUGACAAUAAUCUGACUGGGGUUAAAUCACCAAAUCAAGAAUUGGAGUUUCUCUCUGGUUUAGCAAACUGCUUAAUUUUAUUUAGCUUGGAUAUUAGUAACAAUCCAAUGAUAAACGGUAUCCUUCCAGCUUCCAUUGGGAACUUGCCUAAAUCUCUUUCCACCUUUGCAGCAUCUAACUGCAGCAUCAGAGGUAUAAUUCCUCCUGAAAUUGUUACUGGAUGCUGUUGCGGCGGGAGACGUCUCCCGUCUAUAAUUCCGGUCCAAACUGGAAAGGUGUCUUGUAUAUUGUUAUUUCCAAUAUCAAGAAUCUGCAGUCUUCGACAAUUUGAAAGGGAUUGGGGUAAUGAUCCUGCCAACUUAUUACCAUUCAAGCUGAGUGACUUAAGCUUACAAACCACUGGAAAUGUAGUUGGGAUGAAUCCUAUGAGUUGAUUUUUGGACAAAUCCGUAACACAUCCAGUAAUAUCGGGACGGGGUGAGCUGGAAGGAUACCGUAAGUGUAGACGUCUCCCGCCGCAACACAUCCAGUAAUAUCGGGACGGGGUGAGCCGCCGCUGUCAACAGCGCCCCGUCUUCCUCCGAAUCCCUCGGUGCCGCCGCUGACACUGGUCGGUCCCUCUCGGCCGCAGCCGCUGAGGACUCGGCUGAUAGAUCCCCGACAUCCCGACGAGAGAGAGCGUCAGCCGCCUUAUUAUUGAUUCCCCGUUUGUACGCAAUUCUAAAUUUAUAACCCAUUAGUUUCCGGACGUAUAAUUGUUGGUCCGGUGUGUGCACCAUGUUACGGACGUUCUCCGCAACGGCUCCGUGAUCUUCCUUCUCGACGGAACAACGAGCAAUUCCCACGACAAACUCGCGGAAACUGACCGAAAACUUGCUGAUUUGGUGGACGUCUUCCACAAAGCAACAAGAACGAAAAAGGCAAUUGCUUGUUUCACAAGAUAGGUUUAGGGAAAAUAUUUCAUUCAUUGAAUUCUUGAUUGAUAACAA